UUUAUUUUUCGAUUUCCAUCGUCAAUUUUCUGUUUCCAUCGGCAAGAAACAAAAAAAACUCACAUUUCAUUCAAAAUUUACGACCAAAUCAACAAAAAUUCAAACUGAUGCCAAAGUACAUCGCAAUUUUCUGUAUAGAAUAGCUCCGAUCGCAUACUUUCUACCAAUCGUAUUCAAUUCCGACUAUAAAUACUUCAACUAUUCAUCUGACUCAUUUAAGUUAUUUUAUCCAACGGCGUAAUUAUAAAUUUAGCGCCAUUAGUGUCUUAAAUAGUGCAUGAAAUUGGGAAGGUCAUAAAUAAAUACUUGGUUAAUUAUUCCCAGAUUGCCGUUUAAUUGGAAGACACCAAUCGGGUACAUAUUUGCGGUGGCAUUUCUCGAUGUACUCGAGCUAUUUUUGGUGUUUAUACGCAUUUACAUCGGCAUUUGUCAAUAAAUGGCCUUCGCUGUUGAUAUUAAAGAAAAUAUUCAAUAUUUAAAAAACUACGUGAAUAUUGUAAUGGAAAUUGCGCGGCACCAGAACAAUCUACAUGGCGUUCUCCACCUUCAUUGUUAUGAGGUCAUUUUUCAUUAGAUUCGAGUAUUUCUUCCAUUUUAAGUGUUAUUGUAAGCGCAAAUCACUUUUUCUUAAAAAAAAUGAAGAGAUCACAUAAGAAUAUGUUAUUUUAACAGCCCUAAAAUUUCAAUUCAAAUAGACCAGUUCAUGGAAUAAAUUCCAAAUUGAGUGAUAUUAUCAUGAAAAUAUAUCGUUUGUAUUAAUAUUGGCCGUAUUUCGAAGGAAAUUGUGAACAGGUGUUACCAUUCUCUCGGUCUUUAUCAAAAUUGUAACAUAAUUUGUGACUGUUCCCCUUUCAUUUCUUGCAAUUUACACAAAAUGGUAUUGUUUCGGUCAAACAGCUUGCUUUCCAGCCCCGUACUAUUUCAGUUUAGCUUGGUACGUCAUAGGGAUUGCACGUGAACAAGAUGAAUAGUUUAAAAUCGGUUAAAACUCAUUUACAAGUGCUCGGUUGUAUCCCGUACGAGUGUCCAUUGAAUUUACCAAUUUGGUGUCAAAAAAUUCCAUUCAAUUGCAUUCAUAUUGGUUUGAUUUUUGCAUUGCUCACUCAAAACCUCCUAUCAACCUUAUGGUUCCGACUAUUUGAAGCUGAUACCGCGGGCGAACAAACACAGUCGACAUUUUUUAUUUGUCGUUCAACUCUCAGUCUGAUUUUGUACUCUCGACUUAUCUGGCAAAAAGUCACAUUAACUCAACUAAUUGCGGAGCUAGAAGAUGUCAUCGCCAAAAGAUAUAACCAAUUCGUCUACCAAAUGGCUAGAGACCGUGUAGAGUAUACAAAAAAUAUUUAUGUGAGAGCAAUAUUCACGUCAACGAUAUUCUAUUCAUCUCCAAUUGUGCUUUUAUCAUUUUAUCGACAUUUUUCACUGGGAAACAACGAGAAUUCGUUUCAGUUAAUCUACCCAGCGUUCAUACCAUGUGAUUGGCGACACUCUACCGGAUAUUUGAAUAUCGUUGGCAUUCAAGUGUUGACACUUUAUUUCACAACUCAAAUUAUGUUGUGCGUUCCACUCUUGUGCUAUAUAUUUUGCAAGUUUUUCGUUGGAUUUGCCCAGGACAUUGAAGAGUGCUUGAUCGAUUUCAAUAAGUCAUUUAACAAAGAACGUGACGAAGACGGUAUUGUUAGACUGACUCGUAGUAAAUUUCGAAUUUUAGAAGAUGAAUUGGGAAAAAUUCUUUCAUUUCAUUUGGAAGCAAGGCAGUUAAGUGAUUUUAAAUACAUUUUGAUGGUAGAAAAGUAAUAAUUACAUGAAUAGAAACAUUUAUUAUAGAAAUACAUUCCUUUUGCACACUAGGUGUGUGUAAAAGGCCACUGAUUUCGUGUGAAAGUGAAAAUGGGGAGUUGGUCAGUCCACACCCACGCAGAAGGUGUCGUAAAUAUAAGUGAUUCUUCCUUCCCCCGUUCACGCUCACUUUCUCUAUUCACUUCAAAGUCAAACACUUUCAAUUUCAAACCGAUUGACCGCAUGAUUAUCACAUUUCAUGUUGCUUUAUUUUCAUUCAGUUAAUCUCAAACUACUCGUUUAAAGCCAAUACGACUUUUACUACCCGUAUUAGAAGAAUUCACGCUUCGUGUACACUCGGCACAUCUUCGCUGCUUAGGCGAAUGUCAGCAGUAGAAUUCACUGCGACAUGUUCAAAAAACAUCAAGUAGCCAUAUGUAAAUUUUUCACACUCUUUUGUGCGAACUUUCUUUGACUGUGUAUGGCUAUGAGCAAACACAUGCAUUAAAGUAUUAGAUGCACGACAGUUCGCAGUGAACUCAACGGCUGAUAUUCCGUAAACAGCGAUGAUGUGCCGAGUGUAUGCGAAGCGUGAAUUCUUCUAAUACGGGUAGUAAAAGUCGUAUUGGCUUUAAACAAGUAAUAGUCAAUUUGCUAGUUGAAUUGAAUAUUUAAACUUAAUUCUCUUUGUAUUUCAUCCAGGUUCGUGAUACGGUUCACAAAUGUAUACAAUUUA